UCCUAACAUGGCACCUCACAGCUAUUAGUUCGUUGGCCUCCAUGAAAGAGGCAGCACCUCAGGCUGCGGAAGAAGUGGCCCCGUCAGGAGAGCAGGAGACCUCGUCACAGCCACAUUGCCGCCACUGCAGAUAUUUCUGUCUCUAAGGUCAGGAAGCAAAUAUGUCACCCCAUCCACGUAAAAGAGAAAAUGAUAAGGAAGAUGACUUUACAGCAUUUACUCUAAGGAAGGAAGAAAAUGAUGAAGAUGAGCUUGAAGAUGCCUAUGAAGUUAUCCCUGCAGCAACAAUAAUGAAUAUAGAUUCUUCCCUGGAAGAGUGCACAACUGGAUUGUAUUUAUUUCUAAAUAACAGGUUCUCAGAUGCCACAAAUCUCAUUCACCUGUGGUUGAAAAACAGCACAUUCCAUGCUCUAAUUUAUGGUGGUAUUAUGGUCAACAGAGCCAUCUUGACUUUUGAGCCACAGCAUAUGCAGAUUGGAAUGACUGCUACAAAGGAAGCUUUGAGGACCUGUAACAGUUUCUGAAGAAAAUCUAGGAUGAGUUUUUCCCAUGUACUGAAUAAACAGGGAAUGAAGGCCAUCAGAGAAGAGGAAUUACAUGCAAAAGUCUGCUAUGCUGAGUGCUUGAUUUUGAAAUCCACUGUAUCAUUUGUACAAGACGACAGUAUUCUUGGUUUUCUUAGAACUGGGAUCAGCAUUGGGUCAAGUUACCAAAUAUACAAAGACUGUCAACAAGUGUUAACACAGAUACCUAACAACCAAAGCAAAACCUACAGGCACCUGGUUGGAGGAGUAAAAUUUGGACUUGGAGCAUUCAAUCUGAUGUUAUCACUCAUGACACCAAGGAUACUUAAACUACUCAAUAUUGUUGGUUAUGCCGGUGAUAGAGACGUAGGCUUGACUUUGUUUCAUGAGAGUGAAUCUGAAUCCCAUAUAAACAAGGUCUUAAGUGUUUUGAAUCUACUUUUUUAUUACAGUUAUAUCUAGGUAGCUUUUGGUGCUGAAAAGGGUCACAGUCCUGUUAUAGAGAAUCUCUUCCUAAUCUACGUCCAUAGAUUUCCAAAGUGUGUUAUACUUAAAUUCUUUCAUGCACAUUUUAGUAUGCUGAAAGGAAAAUUUUAAAAUGCACAGUUAACAUUAGAGGAGUGCAUUUUUCUUCAGAAUGAGUGGAAACAGGUUCAUCACCUCUAUUACUGGGAACUCAUUUCCAUUCAUAUUUUUCUGCAGGAUUGGAAGCAGGCUUACCGCUAUGCUGAUCUACUGUAUCAACAUAACAGGUGGUCCAAGGCAGUAUAUUUGUAUGCUAAAGCUACACGUCUGAUCUUGCUCCCUGACUUUGUGAAAUUAGUAUGUAAGGACAUAAACUCUCUUUUCUUAAAAGUGGAUAGCCUGAGAAUCAAAAUUUCAGGAACUUCUGUGCCAAUAGAAAAGUUUAUUGCUGAGAAGGGUAUGCGCUACGGUACAACUACUGGCUGGUUUACUGCACAACCUAUUUUGGAAUUCAUUUAUGCCUGGAGUGGUUUCCGAGUCAUAAGCAAAAAACUAGACCUUAUUUCAAGCUGGCUGUCAAUAAUUGACAAAGGAAAAGAACUUCUACAAGAAAGUCCAAAUAAAAAGUAUGGCACAGAUGACAUAAGUUUGCUAAGUUUACUGAGAGGUCUGUGCUUGAAACACUUAGGCAAACACUCAAUAGAUGAGCAGUCCUUUAAUCGUGUCAUUCAAAAGGAGAAACUGUUAAAAUAUGACCACUACUUGGUGCCAUAUACUUACUAUGAACUGGGAAGUUUAUAUUACCUAAAAGGAGAUUAUGCCACUGCAACAAAACACCUAAAUAACAUAAAAAACUACAAAGGCUAUUCCAUGGAAGCCCAAUUACAGUUUAGGGUUCACAUUGCCCUUGAAAAAAUAGCUAAAGAAAAGUGAUUUGUCAUGAAGUGUGGUUUUAUUAUGAGUGAAGUAGCAACAAUCAGUAAGGAUAUUAACAGGUAGAAAAAAUCAUUGCUUUGUGGGAGAAAUCCAAGAAGAGGCAGCUGCUAAGGGUCUGAGCAGUAACAAGUAAGAAAGGAAUCGGCCGUAACUUUUCCCUCUUUCUUCUCCACACCGAUAAAAUGCAAUGUCUGAGACUGGCAAAUGGAGUGAUGCAU